UUUCAAAAGUGUUUAUUAACUUAUUAAAUUCCGUCCCAGGGUUCGAAUGUAUUAACACAACACACAUAUUUCCGCUUUGGCUACUACAUACAGAACGUCUGUCUUGCCGGACUUGGCGAGCUGAGUAUAUAUAUGAGACAUCUCCUUCACUUUAUGGACUAUAGAAUGUACCACGUAACGGAUAUGAUACCUAGUACUGAUUUCCGGAUUGUAAUGAUAAAUCUUCAAUUGUCAUGUGUAUUGAUAUUUGUAUUAAAUCGAACCCGAAAAGCGCAACUUUAUAAAGGGAAUAAUGCUGGCACCUAAACUUGACUUACUCGCAGCCAUCAUCUGCUCCGGUUUGUCCUUUGUUAGUGCUGAACUCUGUUACGCACUAGACGGCUACACCGAUGUUUUGUACGGGACUUAUACUUACAAAACGCUAUCUGCGUACUGUUCGUCCGACCAGUACUGUUGUGGAGGCAUAUACUACACUUCAUGUUGUAAUUACUACACCAUUAGCUAUGUGAUAUCGGCAGGGACCUUAGCAGGAGCUGUAGUUGGCGGUCUGUUUGGUCUGGGAUUCCUCUCUCUCUGUAUUGUGUGUGUUAUAUGUGCCACGAGAAGAAACCGAAGGUCAGGACGGGUUAUUAUGAAUACGAGGAAACCUAACACCGCUGCCACCACCUUCACAACCACCACUUUCACUGCUCCUCCUCCCCAGGAUGUCAGUCAGCCGGGGUCCUAUCCGAUACAAGGUGGAUACCCUCCGAAUCCCCAGUAUCCUCAACAACCUGGAGGCUACAACGUAGGCUACACACCCGAGGGACAAUAUCUAGCGGGAGGAAAUCAAAUGGCCCCCGCACCCCCUGCUUACACUACCGUCGUCCCGACCAACACCGCCACUCCUCCAGUGUUCUAACAACGUAACUCUACCGAUAACAGAUUAUAACGAAUUUGUGUCGUGUUCAUUAUUAUUAAAUGACUACCGGUAUAUUCAUGUUCAUUCACUGGCAUAUCGAUUUCGAUAACAAUAUAAUAAAUGACAUUUAUGUACAGGAGCGGAAACAUCUUACUUUUUGUGUGCAUUAUGCUGCGUGUAAUGAGAUAAGACUUAUUGUGGGCCCCUUGUAAUGCUGGAGGUGUCUUGUCAUUGUAUUUUUCUUUUGGUGUAUCAUGGAAACCAAUUUUAUAGAUCGUUGACUGUUUUGGGACGUUAAACCCCGUAAAACAAAGCAAUUUUCAGGAAGCCUUUCUUUCCUCACAUAUUAAACAAGGCGUUUGAUUCAUUAAAUAAUAUUUACUGAUACUAUACCAAUUGGAAGCGUCUUGUUUGAUCAAUUUUGUGGGAAAACUAUAAUAACAUUUACGGUAUUUUUGUCAUUGUGUAGCGUCCCUUAGGUAAUGUGGUAUUUUAGAAAUGCAUAAGAUGUUAAAGAAUAGCCUAACGACCCAGUUUAUCAAGCUGUUAUGGAUUUGAUAUAGCUAUAGGAAAGUAAAACUAAUUAAACUUUAUUAUUCAUUAUUAUUGCUGGUAGUCGGGAAAGGAACAUUUACCUAUAUUCAGCUGAAAAUCCGCUUAUGGAACGUUCAAAAAUUGAUAUAGAAAGCUCAUGGAUCUCAUAUCAGGUCACAUAUAACACAAACACAGGGUAAAUGGUGCUAAAGCCUACAUUACCUGUAAGAAGUUAAGGUGAGGGGCCGGUUGACGUUACCUGUAGGAAGUCUGGGGGAGGGGUUGGCUGAUGUUACCUGUAGGAGGUCUGGGGAAGGGGUUGGCUGACGUUACCUGUAGGAGGUCUGGGGGAGGGGUUGGCUGACGUUACCUGUAGGAGGUCUGGGGGAGGGGUUGGCUGACGUUACCUGUAGGAGGU